GUGCUCGGACCUGAAGCCGCGGCGAGAGGCUCGGAGCGGCGGCCGAGCGGCGGGCGACGGGGCGGGGGACUCGGGCCGCGGCCAGGGCGGAGCCGGGGCCAUGGAACCGCCGCUGCCGGGCUAGGGAGGGCCCGCGUCCCCGGCCCCGCGGCGAUGGCGGGCUACGCGCGCCGCCCGGGCGUCACCCCGCUGUCCCGGGCCCGCAGCCUCGUCAUUCCGGACGCUGCAGCGUUCUAUGAGCGCCGGUCUUGUCUCCCCCAGCUAGACUGUGAGCGCCCCCAUGGCAGGGACCCGGACUCCCACUUCUUCGGCAUUCGGCCGACGUUUAUGUGCUAUGUGCCCAGUCCGGUGCUAGCUUCCGUGGGAGACACAGAUUUUGUCUACGGGAAGGGGAAGGGCACUAAGCAAGGUCCAUCGGGAGCCCAGGAGACACUUUUUGGAGAUGACAAACUUGGAGAUCUCGAAGAGGCAAACCCAUUCUCCUUCAAAGAGUUUCUGAAAACCAAGAACCUCAGCCUGUCGAAAGAGGACACCACCAACAGCAGGCUCUACUCGAAGGAAGCCAAGAGGCACUCGCUGGGACUCGAUGGCAGCUCCCCGGCCUCCCAGCCCGUGGGCUUCGGCCUGGAGUACCAGCAGCCGUUUUUCGAAGACCCGACGGGGGCCGGCGACCUCCUGGACGACGACGAGGACGAGGCCGGGUGGACGGGGGCCUACCUGCCGUCCACUGUGGAGCAGACCCUCUCCUCACGGGACGCGGCCAGUGCGUCGCCCUGCAGCACGUACAUCUCCUUCUUCUCCGGCCCCUCGGAGCUGGCCGGGCCUGAGUCCCUGCCCCCGUGGUCGCUGAGCGACGCCGACUGCCGCGUCUCUCCCGCGGGGAGCCCCGGCGCAGACUUCGCGGCCCACGGCGAGUCUCUGGGGGACAGGCACCUCCGGACGCUGCAGAUAAGCUACGAGGCGCUGAAGGACGAGAACUCCAAGCUGCGGAGGAAGCUGACCGAGGUGCAGAGCUUCUCCGAGACGCAGACCGAGAUGGUGAGGACGCUGGAGCGGAAACUAGAAGCCAAAAUGAUGAAGGAGGAGAGCGACUACCACGACCUGGAGUCCGUGGUUCAGCAGGUGGAGCAGAACCUGGAGCUGAUGACCAAACGUGCAGUGAAGGCGGAAGGUCACGUCGUGAAGCUGAAACAGGAAAUAAGCUUGCUCCAGGCGCAGGUCUCCGCCUUCCAGCGCGAGAACGAGGCCCUGCGCUCGGGCCAGGGCGCCAGCCUGGCGGUGGUGAAGCAGAACACGGACGUGGCCCUGCAGAACCUGCGCGUGGUCAUGAACAGCGCACACGCCUCCAUCAAGCAGCUGGUUUCUGGAGCUGAAACACUGAACCUUGUUGCUGAAAUCCUUAAGUCUAUAGACAGAAUUUCUGAAAUCGAGGAGGAGGCGGAGUCUUGAGAAACUUGUGCUGUUUACAUUCUGAAAUCACUACUUAACUGGAUUUUAAAAUGCCGUUGUAUCUUUAAAUGUGCACUCUGCUCAGUAAAAACACUCAUCCCGAGAUAAUUGACCUCACGACCCCGAGACCCCACACAGUGUCAUUCGCCAGCCGCUGCAGGGGGCGCUCCUCGGCCAGAGCUGAGGGUCUCUGUGCGGCGCUCUCUGGGUGAGCCCCCGGCUGCGGUCUCCGCAACCCACGGGGAGACGUUUCUGUCAGCGCUGCUGGGUUCUCGAAGUCACCAAGCACGGGAACAGCAGUUCUGUGCGGUGUGGGUCUUUCAUCCUUACCCCAGAACACCCAUUCAUUGUGAGGUCAGUCCUGUCGCUCCUCCUCGAGUCCACGACUGAAGAAAACACUAUAAACGAGCCAAAAUUCCAAAGAUUGUCUCGGACAGGGACUCGUGCCUUUUUGCCGCUAGGCAGCGCCCUCUGGCUCCGCCCCCUGCCGAGGCCUUCCUGGCGGGGUCGGGGGAGGGGCCCUGCAGGUGGCGGCCUGAGCGGGGCGCCCCACGCGGUGGACGCCGCUGCUCUGCCUCAGGGACCACGCUCGGUGCAGGUUCCGAACUGUGAAGCCGUCGAGAUGCACGUUUUUCGGGGCCUUCGGGUUUGAAAAAGUGGUUUUGUCUGGAGAGUUUGGACACAUUCCACGUGGCCUUUGGUACAGGGAAGCUCAGAGUCCAGGCGUCCGGCGGCCACGCAGAGCCUCGCUGGGCCAGUCGGCACCAGGGCUCCUGGGCGGCCUUUCCAGCUGCUUCCUGACGUCGGGGGCACAACCCUCCCUGGCUGUCUUCCUGUAGAUGUUAUUUUUUGAAACAAACUUUCUCUUCUGUUCAGAUGGACAGCUUUCUUAAUAAACUCUAAAACUCA